AUGUUCGUUAUUUCAAUAUCAAGUGUACAGUCAUUCUACUCUUCUGAUGAAAUAUCUGGUGCAGAGACUGGAAUAUUAAUUGACAACAAGGUUAUCAUCUUUGAUAGUUACGACUUUCGAAAUGCUACCACUGCAUUUUCCUUGGACCUUUCUAAAAAUUGGACAACAUUCACACCAGGAUUCACAGCGAUCGAUAAUUUAGUUUCUGCACCGACGUUUUAUUUUACCGCCUUUAGCGCACAGAAAAAAGAUAACCACUCAGUAAUAUAUGCUUUUGGUGGGAGGAUUCCGAUAAACGGAAAUUUUUCGAAUUUCAAUUACACAAACAAAUUUUAUAAAAUUGAUGUCAACCCUUCGUCCUUUUCAUUUUCGCCUCUUGAUUCCCCUCUUCAAGCUCGAAGCUCCGUGCAAUCAGUCAUUGAUGACCAAGGAAAACUUUAUAUAUGGGGUGGAUAUACUUAUAUAAGCGAAGAUAAAGCUAUGUAUAUAUUUGAUACCUUUGAUUCAACAUGGAACCAAAUUCUACCUUCUGGUUAUGUUCCAGAUCAAAGAAAGCUCUAUACUUCAACAUUUAAAGAUGGUAAAAUUUAUUAUAUUGGAGGCGCCUAUCGAACUAGUGAAGUUGCUGAUAUUCGACAAAUAUUAAUUUAUGAUACGCUCAAGAAUGCUUCUCCGUGGUCCUCAAUGAUGGCAACAAAUAAAACAGAGAUUAGCAACCGUAUUUUUCAUUCAGCAGUUCUUGCUCCUGAUAAUAUAAGUAUUAUUAUAUUUGGUGGCAUGAAAGAAUUCUAUAAUUCAAGAAAUAGUUCACUAGAUUAUACUUUAUAUGAUUACUUGAUUACUUUGAAUCUCGAACAAUUUGAAUUUUCAGAGCUUAAAACUCUAAACAAGCUCAGCAUUGAUGAUAUACCAGCUCGUCAUGCGGCUAUUAUAUAUAAUAAUUUCAUGAUCGUAGCUUUCGGCAUAUAUGAAACUACAAAUCCUACUCGAAAACUUGUAAAACUCUUGGAUUUAUCUCAAAAGGAAUAUAAUUGGGUUGAUAAAUAUAUCGCUCCAACCCCAACCCCAUCGCCACCGCCGUCUUCACCUUCACCACCGAGAUUAACAACACCGACAUCUCCAACACCGCCGAUUAAAAUAAUAGUCAUAUCAACAAUAGGAUCACUUGUUUUUGUCGUGGCAAUUGUGAUAGGUUUUAUAUUUUUUUAUCGUAAAAAACAUAGAAAUGAACAAACUGCUAUCAAUAGCAAUAUAUUGCAAACUCGACCCAAUACAGUGUUAUUUCCUAAUAUUCCCGUAAUUGUAGAUCAACAAAAUACUAAUCCCAAUACACCCGAAAUUAUAUGUCAACAAACUACUACACAAGUUCCGUUUGGUUACCCUUAUGCUCACAAUGAUCCUAGAACUAGUUAUGGUCAUUCUUUAGCGUUCAAGCCUUCAUCACAGUUUCCUUAA